UAUGGCGACAGAGACAGGAAGGGACGCGGUAACCAUAGUAAUGAAUGCCAGGAAGGACGCGGUAACUAUAGCAACCGAAUUACGCGGCCAUGAUUCUUGCAUCCGAUUUUAUGACAUGGCGUUGACUUCGUGUUGUUUUUUGCACCAGAAAUGCAUAAAACUCAACAAAAGCUGAUUAUAAACAUCAAAAAGAAAGGCUAGAUAUAUAAAUUUGACACCUCAACAGCAACUUUUUCAUUCAUAUUCGGGAAAUCAGACGAAAUAAAAAAGCAAAACAGUAAUGGAAGAAACGAACAGAACCACGUGCCGGCUUUUCAAAACACACAUAACUACAAAGCCUCCAAACACCACCUGCACCACACACACACACACACACACACACCAGGGGAGCCGCACCACAAACCACGUAACACCACACAACACCACGGGGCACACCACAGAGGCCACGACAAGGCAGUAUCACCCUGGUAUACCCGUGGAGAGGAAGACAUGAGGGGAUCGAGAGGUGGUGAGAGGGAAGCCAAGUCGCCGCAGCCUGAGGAGGAGAAUAUAAUGAAUCUACUGCCUCGCCCUCCUGUGUUGGUGAGGAAGCCAAAGAGAUACGUCUCGCAACACCAUGGGCGUGUCGUGGAGGAGGCACGAGGGCGGGACAGCCACGCGACACUGGGGAAGGCCGUCUCCGCCCACCCGCCCAGUCCCGCCCACUACCUGAAGAAGGGACACAGGGACCAGUACACCCAUGCCCUCGUCUCCUCCAAAUACGCCCUUACUGCAGAGGACCGGCCACACAUCUGCCCUAAGCGUCCACCACUGCCCACACCUGUCCCCUACCCACCGUCUGAGCGCGACAGGUGUGCCAUGAACUGGGUAGCGGGUAACAUGACGCGGGUGGAGGAGGCAGCAAGGGCGAGGCGCAGCGCUGGGGCCCUAAGGAAACACGUGGCGGUGGAUAGCUUAGCAGGACAUAGACAGGACCGCCUCUCAGCUGGUCUUCAUCCACGUUAUGUAUUUAAGAAGAACUUCGGCAGCGUUCCCUCAUACUUGGAGAGAAGGAAGAAGUCUUUGAGCGCCCAGAAAGAAGAGGAGAGAAAAGAGAGAGGGAGUGCGAGGAAGAAGAGAGAAGGGAAGAAAGAAGAGGGAAAGAAGAAGGAAGAGGAGCAAUAUACGUUAUUACCAGAAGAGGAAAAAGAAGAGUUACUGAAGGGCUUGCACACUAACCUGAAGGAGGCACAGAGGCGGCUGCAGUCCCUCCCGGUGGUGUGUGAGACCUUGGCGAGCAGAGCGAGGAGGGACGAGUUAGAGAAGAAAGUCAUGGAUCUGCAGCGCUACAUUUUCCUCCUCCAGAACCACACACUUGCCGUCUCCGAGUAGCACAAAGGAACUGGAUGGAAGAAUAAGCUGUUCUAAAAUACACUCUGUUAUUUAUCUCAAGGACACAGUGAUGGUUUCGUAUAACUUCUUCAGUACUGAGACGCAUUUUUACCUUGAGUUUUGGGUACGAUUAGAUUUUGUUUGCGAUACGAAGGGUGUAUGGAGGUCAGAAGGUUAACGGCCAGAGACUUCACUUAUUUC